GAUUCGUGAAUUGCAAGACCCUCGCCAUGGCUUCCUUCGCCCGUGCCCUCAGGCCUGUUGCUCGUGCAGUGGCAGCUGCUCCCGCACGCACAGUCAUCACUCCAGCCAUUCGCAGCAACCGAUCACAAGCUGUGCGAUGUCUCUCAUCAACGCCCCGCGUCGCCAGCGACCUGUCCGGUCUCGAGACCCUGCCUAUCUUCCACUUGAACGACACCGAGGCCGCCAUGGCUGAGGCCGUUUCCAAAUUCGCCAACGAGGAGAUCUUGCCCAAGGUCCGAGACAUGGACGAAAACGAGAUGAUGGACCCCUCCGUCAUCGAGCAGUGCUUCGAGCAGGGUUUGAUGGGUGUGGAGAUUCCGGAGAAAUACGGUGGUGCCGGCAUGAACUUCACCAGCGCUAUUGUCGGUAUUGAGGAGCUCGCCAAGGUGGACCCCUCAGUCAGUGUGAUGGUCGACGUUCACAACACCCUCGUCAUCACUGGUCUGCUCAAGUGGGCGACUGAGGACAUGAAGAAGGAGUGGCUGCCCAAGCUCGCCACCAACACCCUGGGUUGCUUCUGCUUGUCCGAGCCAGCAUCCGGUUCCGAUGCCUUCGCCAUGAAGACCCGCGCCGAGAAGACCGCCGAUGGAUACAGAAUCAAUGGAAGCAAGAUGUGGAUCACAAACUCCUACGAGGCCGGUUUCUUCAUCGUCUUCGCCAACCUCUACCCCGAGAAGGGCUACAAGGGCAUCACUGCCUUCGUCUGCGGCAAGGACACCAAGGGUCUCAGCAUCGCCAAGAAGGAGAAGAAGCUCGGAAUUAAGGCAUCGUCCACCUGUGUCCUCAACUUCGACGACAUGGACCUGCCCGCCAGUGCGCUACUCGGCAAGGAGGGCGAGGGCUACAAGUACGCCAUCCAGAUCCUGAACGAGGGACGUAUCGGUAUUGCCUCGCAGAUGACCGGUCUCGCCCUCGGCGCCUUCGCCAACGCUGCCAAGUAUGUCUGGAACGACCGCAAGCAAUUCGGCCAGCUCGUCGGUGAGUUCCAGGGCAUGCAGCACCAGCUCGCUCAGGCCUGGACCGAGAUCACCGCGGCCCGUGCCCUCGUCUACAACGCCGCUCGCAAGAAGGAGGCCGGUGAGGACUUUGUCAUGGAGGCCGCCAUGGCCAAGCUGUACGCCUCGCAGGUGGCAAACCGCGUCUCUGGCCAAGCCAUUGAGUGGAUGGGAGGUAUGGGCUUCGUCCGGGAAGGUCUCGCGGAGAAGUACUGGCGUGACAGCAAGAUUGGACAGAUCUACGAGGGCACGAGCAACAUUCAGCUCACGACCAUCGCCAAGCUCCUCCAAAAGGAGUACACUGCGUAGAUAUGUGGACGUGGUUGGGUGUGAGAAAGGCGAUGAAUCAUGUAUAGGACUGUGACUUGUGAUCGAGCCAGCGGGUGUUUGACAAUUUCCCUUCUUUGUAUUGCAGCGGCGGCGUUUGAGCGUCGUCACAGGACAUAACUGAAAUAUGAAGAAACCUGAUCUUGAGCCCAGCCAAUUUUGAAUUUUCACUGUGAAUCAUUGUUGAGCCUUCGUUCCCUGUCCCGCUCCACAGACCAUGUGAAUAUUCUCGGGGCAUACGUUUUGAU